UAUUGCGUAAUCUUUGAUUUGUCAACAUGAAUCGACAGGUUCUGUAGCUGUAUUAUAUCAAAACAUUUCACUUGCUGGCGACACAGUCCAGUUUGUGGAUAAAUCACAUCUGCCAAACAUAAAAACAGAAGUGUACCUUUACUUUUUAUCUGGAAACGUUUGUGAUUUUGGUCAUAAUGGCUGAGAAAAUGGUGAAACAAGCACCCGUUGCAGUUCGGCUGACAAGCAGCCGUGCAACUUCUGCAAGUGGAUCACGAGGAACGGAGAAUGACAAAAACCAACGCCCGAGCUCCUCCGGUGAUGGAGAGAUGUGUUUCGGUGAAGAGUGGUUGGACGAUUGGGAAGAUGAGGCAAUUUUACAUCAGGCAAUGGAUGAACUAAAUGCAAAUUUGAAGAGCAAUUCAACAUCACUUGGUGCAACCUCUCAGACUCAGUCUCUCUUACAAACCAGCAUGACCAGUGAUGAAACUGGAAAGAUUUCAGAGGGUGUUUUGAGAACAAUCUGCUCUUGUGAAACUGAAAAGUCUUCAGGUUGUGUGACUGUGUCUGUAAAUAAUGACACUGUCAAUGUCACUGAUUUAAGUUUAACAAGAGCAGCAGAUGAUAAAGAUGUAGAGGUUUCCAUUGGAAAAGAACAAAAUAAAAAUGGUAAUUGCAAAGAAAAUAUUUGCCCAAAUUGCCAAAGAACAAUUAAAAAAAGAUCUGAUAAUGACUUGGCAACCAAUGCGUCGCCUUCUAAGAAAGUCAAAGUGGAAGUUGAGGAAAAGACUGACAAGUUUACAAUGGAUCCACUGAGGCAGUUCAAAGGAAAGUACCUUUGGGUUUCUGACUUGACGGCUCAAGCUUGGUGUGAGAGGCAGCUUCUUUAUGAUUUCACAUUUGAGGGACCAGUGGAGAUCUUGGAAACAGAAGCCAUGAAAGUUGGCACGGAGAUGCACAUGAAGAGAGAAUUGGAAGUGCAUACCAUCAAACAGAUAGCAGUAAAAACCAAAGAGGACAAAUGGGCCAUCAAAUUCCUGAACAUUCUUAGUGCUGUCAAUCAACUUUUGCAAGGAGGAGGGGGUGGAUUCUCCAGAUGUGUUGUCAGGGAGAUGCCCAUUUUCGGGAAGCCUUUUCAAAGUGGAACUUUUGUGGUUGGUGUGAUUGAUGAGAUCAGAUACAAUAGUCGGGACCAAUUGGAAGUUGUAGAAUUCAAGACCAGAGCCAAGUCUAGAACCAUUCCAUCAGCAGCUCAAAGAAAGGCACACAAACUUCAGGUAAUGCUAUACAAGCAGCUGUUUGACGAGGCAGUCUGUGGUCUUCUGAAGAAGGAAACCAUUCUAGAAACAAUCGGCCUUGACCCUGAAGCUCAAGUCAAUGAUGAAAUAGCUGCUCAUGCCCUCGGGAUGGACCUGGUAUUACCAAAGUUUGGUGACUACCUAGACACCAUGCUAGAACGCUUCCAGUUCCUCUCCAAGAUUGACUCCCUUGCUGUAGAGUACUCCUCGCAGGACGACAAGGAACCAUUUGCUGUGAAUGAAUACCCCUUCGAUCCUGUCUGGCUCAAGGAUAGGUUGGAUUACUACAAUGCAUUCUGGGUAGGUGAGAGGGAGGUGGAAGGGGUCGAAUUGGAAGAGGUUUGGAAGUGCAAUUUUUGCAAUUACAGGGAGGAAUGUGACUGGAGACAGAAGAUGCAUGAGAAGUGUCUCAGUAAGAAGUCUACCAAUAAGGUCAAGAUAGAGAUGACUAAGUGAAAUUAUAUCAGUAUGGAGAUAAAUAUGAUGCUUAGUUGAGGAGGAGGAUUCAUGUUUCACAAAGAAUUGAGUUGGAAUUUCAGUCAUUCAGAGAUUUCAAUAUCAUACAGCAUUAAAUUCUUCUUGUAGAUAGACUAUAAAUAGCAAGAUUAAAUAAUUUGAGCAUGAUUUCAUCCAAUGUGG